AACCCGGCCGCCUGCCUCCCUCUCGCUCUCUGUAUCUCGCUCUGCCACCCCCCUCUCGUGGGGGUGGCUCUCGUCGCCGAGGUUCGAGCCUCUCAGUCGUGCCGAGAACCCGCUUCGUUGCAGCAGGGUCACCUCCUCCUCCCUCGGUCCUCACCACUUUUCCAACGUUUCGCCGUUACUUUCCUCGCGGAGGACUCGGUCGUUCGCGCGAAAAACCAGGAAGGCAGGAAAGAACGCGAUCGUCGAUCCUCUCGAACGUCCAAUUCCUGCCGAUCCUUCCAUCAACGCGUGUCCGCGCUCGAGACGAGGCUUCGGUCUGUCCACUUCGUUCGGGGCGACGUUUCGAAUCGACGUGGAGAGUUGGAGUUUCGCAGGAUCGACCAGACAGAGGGAGAGAAAGGGAGAGACUGUGUGCACCGGUAUGAAAAGCGCGGCUGUUAUCGCGCGCGGAUCGAAGGCGGUGGAAAGAAGGGGUUGUGGCGAUUUCACGGAUUCGCGCGAUCGUGUUCCGGUUUAGCGGCGGUUCAAACUUCUCUCGCCUCGAGAAGAAGUGGGGCUCGUUGUCGGUCGAAAAGGUCUCCCCCUUUUGGCGCGAGAGGGGGGAGGGGCGGCUUGGAAAGAGGAAGAGUGACCGAUCGAUCCUGGUAAUAAGGGAACUUUUGCGUUGUCGGGGGUAGGAAAGAAGAAGAGGAAGAAGAGGAAGAAGAAGAAGGGUGUCUCGCCGCCACCCCGGAGGAGAAGAAGAAAGUGGACGACGGACCCUUGUCGAAGCUCCAUCAUCCCCCGGCUGCGAAACUCUUUUGAGGAAACGAUCCUCUCGGGAAACCGCUGAAGCGCAUCGGAGAACCGUAAGAGACCGUUGUCGAACAGCCAACGACUAGCCUCGCCUUUCUCCCUUUAAGGGGGAUCGAAUCGCCUCGCCCCGUCCCCUCGCCUCGUCGUUUCUCGCCACUCUUUUCCUUUUCUUUUCCUUCCUUUUUUUCCUUUUCCCCUUUCGUCUCGCGUACUCGCGCCCGACGAUCCAAUUUGGUAAUCGUUAACUCGUUAUCUCGAUAUCCGGGAACGGGUGAUACGUUUAAUGGCCCGACAAUUAAAUAUAAUUAACUCGGGGGACAGCGGGAUACGUGGCGUUCGGCUGCCAAUUAGCGCGUUAGCGCCUUAUCGAGCAUCGACCGAUCGUCCGUACCGAGCGUCGCUUCCAUCGUUCCAUCUUCUCGAGCCGAUAUAAUCGCCGUGGUCGAGGGGAUCGGUCGUCCUCCACGAGGAAGAAAAAAGAGAGCGAGAGAGAAAGAAACGACCGAUGGAUCAAACGAAGAGAAGGAGCGAAACGAGGAAGAAUCGAGGACAAGCCGAAGGAUCUAACCGAUUCGGCCGAUCGUGAACGAUCUCUCUCCGACGAAAGGAAAGGAAGAGAAGAAACUGUCGAAAAGUGUCGGACAAAUGAAAGAAGGAUGAAAGAAGGGGCGGCGGACGCGACGACGGGAAUAAUAACGGAGCGAGCCGCGGCGAGUCUUUGAGACUCCGUGGUGCAAAGUUCGGAACGAGUGUUUUUUUGGUGAAUAAGGGUACGGGCCGGAUUACAUGGUCGAGGGGAAGGGGGGGAAGGGGGAACGCGGUGCUCGCUCCGUCGCUCGUCGCCCGUUUCUGUUCGCGAGGCGGACAACCCUCGACAAGUCGAGCAAACAACUCGUACCCGGCGCGCCUCUCUCGUUCGGGGAGCGCGUCGCGACGCACCAGGAGGAUUCCUACUCCCCGUAGGAGGACUCGAGGAGGAUCGAGAACGAGGGGAGAGAAGUGGACGCGCGGAAAGAAAGGCCCGGAAGGAGGAUGCAAUCGUGACGAACGGAGCUUCCGAUCAGGAUCGUGAGCACGCUGAGGUGGAGGAUGGAGGAGCUGGAAACGCUGGAGAGCACGGAGUGCCCCGAGUGCCCCGGGCCACCCCCCGAGUUCCGGUUACCGCCACCCCCUCGGCCACCCUUCCUCACCGACGGCACCUUUUGCUCGGAGGAGCCACUCACCGAGAUCGAAGAUUGCGUCGCCAUCCCGAUGAUCGAUGCUUCGUACCACACGAAUCCAUCGCUUCAAAGCACCGCCCUCAUCAUCACCUGCGCGGUGGUACUUCUGCUGAUGGCAGCGAUCGUGUCCGUCGUUUUUUGGAAGCACAAGCGGAAAGUACAGAACCUGUUACCGUGCAAGAGCGCAGCGGGAGCGGCGGCGGCGGCGGCGGCGGCGGCCGCGGCCGCGGCCGGUGGCCGGAGCCGAGCGUUGGCCGACGGGCAGCCGCACGGCGGAAGCGGGAGUGCGGGUGGCGCGGUGCUGUACGAGGACCUGCCGGAAGCGGUGACGCACUCGCAGCUGCAUCACAGACAGAACCACCUGCCCAGCCACCACCCCGGCCAGGCGCCCACGAUCGAGAUGUUGGACGUGAAAGAUACCGGAAGAGGCGUGUUCGUGUGCAGCAGCCCGGGUCCUGAUCCGUACACGUCGCAGGAUCUCUACAAUCCCGUCUACGAGGAGCUCAGCAACGGGGACCAUCCGGAAACGGACGAGGAGAGCGAGUUGAACGCGCGGAAUCGGCUGCACAAUCAUCACCGCCAUCAUCACCGGCCCUCGUCGAAACCGGGCAGCGAGGACGAGUUCGCGGAAGACGAGCUGUCGGUCGGCGAACCGUCCGAGGCGAGGAUGCUCACGGCCUCGACGGGCCCGGCCUGGGGCACUUGUCCAGCCGGUGGCAGGCCACCGCGGGAGAGACGAGGGAAAAGCCCCAGAAGCCUCGACAGGCAUAGGAGGGACAAGAAUCACGAUGUGGGCGAGUUCCACGAGGGGAUGCUGCUCGACGCCCUGCUUCAACUUUAUCCCAGCGUCGCGGGUGUGGCCGGGACCCGAUCGAACAGCAAUCAACGACAACAGUCCGUCCCGUCGGUGGCCCACAGAUUACCUUACUUCGUGCCACCGAUGCCAGCGACUCAGGCUCUCAGGGUGGAGGAGAACCCGUACGAGAGCGUGCCGGUGCUCGGCCCUCUCCAUCAUUAUUCGAGCCAGAGCAGAGGCGGCAAAGAGAGGUGCCGCAAGUCGAACGACAAAUACAAGUACGCGGCGCAAUACGGGGGAUCCGAGUAUUACGGAUUGCAAAACCAGGACAAUGCCCCCGUGUACACGCAAGUGGGCAGCGAAUACUCGGACACCUACUCGCAGCCGACCGACCGCCUCUACAACGAGGACAAGUACACGCAGCCGGUUUACUACGCGCCACGCGACACCGAGCAAAUUACUUCCGGCAGGCUGUAUCAAGGUCAGCCGGACAGCAGUUUCGGCAGCGACAGCGGGUACAGCCAUCACACUUCCGGCACAACCGGGACAACCGGCACGCGCAGCAGCAACUCGAGGACGAAUCACAGGAAGGACAAGCAUCGAAAUUCUCAUCACUCCCAUCAUUCCGCGGACUACAUCGUGUCUUAAUAGGACGGUCGCGUGGAUCGAAAAAGGAAAAAGAUAUAAACGGUGGUGGUUUGUUUUCGAAAGAAAAGAGGAGAGCGGGAAGAAGAGAUAGAUAGAUAGAUAGAAGAAAAGACGGUAGAUCGCGUAGAUUGUAGUAGUCUUUCGAUCCUUCGAUCGAAGAAAAACUUGUAAUACUUUUCUAAAAAGUAGUGAUUUUUAUUUAUUUUGUAAAUUGUUUCCUUCUUGUUGUUUUUUUCUUUUCUUUUUUUUUUCCCCCCUCGGGAUUAUUUUAUUAUACUCUCGUAAAGAGAGACUCGCGUUAUGGAACAACGUGAUAUAUAGUAUUUUAAUAUUUUGAAAAAAAUGUAUCGUUAAUAUCGUAUAUGUAGAGAAGAUAUUGAUUAUCGUAGGAAUGUGUUGUAUCGAUGUGUUGAGCCGUUUGAUUUCAGAGAGAGAGAGAGAGAGAGAGAGAGAGAGAGAGAGAGAGAGAGAGGAAUUCGUUCGAGAAAAUUCGACUCGAAGUGAAUAUCAGCAAGAGCAAUAGCAAGAGAGAGACUAUAUUACAUAUACAUAUAUAUAUAAAUAUAAACGCGAAGAUCGUAUUAUAGGAAACAAACGUAUGAACAGAACACUAACAGGAAACAGUGAUCUCUUAGUGAUUUAGCAAGACUAUUUAACAAAUUAUUUGUAAUCUAACGAGACUCAGGCUGGUACCAAAGGAUGCUAAUAAGAUAACUUCGACAUUUUAGCCUUCUAGUUUGUAAUUUAUUACGAAAGUAGAGCUACUCGCGAGAAUGAUUUUUAAAAUCAAAUAAAGAAUAUCGUGUGAGACGUGCGACUUUCGGAAAGAGGACGAUUCUACGAAUUAGAAUCGAAAGAGACAAUUGAGGAAGACGAAACCGAUUCACUGUCAAAACUAAUCCUAAAUAAUUCUGCCAAGACUGCCAUUGAUUAAUAUAUAUAUACAUAAAUAUAUAUACAUUAGAGAAGUAUUGUAUAAUUCGCCCACGUGCUAUCGCACAUUCCACGCAACGCGAUCACAUCAGCAUCAGUCGAAUUGUAACAUACUAGCACUUGAAUAAAGAAGAAGAAAAAGAAGAAGAAGAAAAUAAUAAUAAUAAUAAUACUUCGAAGCACUUAGAGAGAAAAAAGAGAAAGAUAAAGAUUCGUAGCAAUACAUGCACAUCGGUAGUUUUACACCAGUGUAAACGUACCACGUUAACCGAGUCGCAAUUUUUCUUCGUCAAUUAACCAAGUUACGAUGAUCAUCCCGGAUGGCAUUCAUGAUGGAAGGGAAAAGGGACUUUUCGAAGCAAGCGAAUGCUCAAAGGGGGCAGCUCCUAUUUUUGCAAUCUCGCACGAGGUCACGGCGCGUCUCAAUCAGAAAAAAACCACCAUUGGAAAGAAAAAGAGGAAGAGGAAGAGAGAAAGGAAGGAGAAGAUAAAGGAAAAAAGAGAGAACGAGAAGAGGCUUUUUUCGCAAAAGCCUUAAUGCUUCUGCAAAGAGAAUACAUAGCGUUCCUUCUGCGAGCCCUUUCUACUGCAUUUCGUCCCACAUUCUCAAAGCUUCGACCCGCGCGAAACAUUAUCCGCAAGCCCUGCUGCAUAACUUUCCGUGUGUCGCGAUGUUUCCUUUUCCGUCAAAUCAAGAUCAAGCUUGCAAUAAUAACUUAUCGUUUUCUUGCACAAAACGAUUCUUUUUUUACGAAACCACGAGAUCACGUGACCCUUUUCCUCGCAGAAAGAACGAGAGGAGGAUACGCGACGCGUUGAGCGACGUUAAUAAUACACGCUUCUUUUCUUUUUUUUUAUCUAGCCUCUCAGGCUUUUUUCAGCCUAUUCCUUUCUCGAAACGAUAAUCUUUCGUUCCUUUUCGUAAUGAUUAUUAACGUUUCUCGCGCGUUUUCCUCUUCCAUUAUACACGCGUGUCAGGAUAGACUCGUAACUACCGGUAGUCGCACGAUUUUCCGCUCGCGAGGCGCCUCGAUCACGCUACCAGAGAGACAGACCAAGAUGUGACGGAUAACCAAGGGACAGUGUUCUUAUUAUAGAGUGUACAGGCACACGCUGGUACAUAUGCAUAUACAUAUAAAUAUAUAUAUAUAUAUAUAUAUACAUACAGAUGCAAGCAUAAGUUAUAUACAUACUAUUAUAAGAGAAACGAAUAAAUUAUUCGCGAAUGACCCCGUUGUAAAUAUUAAAUUAUACGAGAAGCGAAGGGAGAGAGGAAGGGAGAAGCGUGUCAGGAUCAUUCCUGCAUAUAGCGCAGCUGUAUCAUAUCGUUAUCAGAUACUUUCUCGCGUGUGCGUGUGUGAGAUGAUGAAUGAUGCGUGGACCGACGAGCAAAAGACGAGAAAAAAAACAAAAAAAAAAAACGAAAAAGAAGAGAAAGAAAAAAAGAAAAAAAAAAUAAGAUCACAGAGAGAAUCGAUUUAAUAUAUAUACAUAUAUAAAAUAUAUAAUUUUUAAAUUAUUUAUAAAGAAGAUCGCGUCUCAUAUCGCCGAUGAUUUACACGAAGAUACGAGGUGUACAUGAAAGAGCGUGUGUGUAUGAGAGAGAGAGAGAGCAAAGAGAAAGAUAAAAUGAAAUGGGAGGAAACGAUUCUAUUUCAAAUUCUCGUUUGCCAAUCUCCCUUCUCCGCUUCUCUUAUACUUGUACACUCUUUAGAUGCAUGUAGAGCGAAUACCUCACGACAAAAGAAAAGAAAAGAAAAGAAAAGAAAAAAAAAAAAAAAGAAAAAAGAUCACUCUGUUGUAAAUAUAAUUUUAUAUUACAUACCUAAUACGGGCAGCGAAAAAAAAUGAAGUGUGUGACUUAGCGGACAUGUUUCGCGCGCGAAACACUUUCCCUCUCGACUCGUCCCUCUCCUCCUCCUUACAGUUUAAAGUAACUGUUGAACGACAAUUAUCCUUUCUUCGUCCACUCUCCUUUCUGUCCACUCUCUCAUUCCUUUCUUCGCUGUUAAUCUCGAAUUCGAAUCUGGCGGCAACCAACAAUGAGAAAUUUGAAAUUCUAAUUGGCUCGAUUGGGUUCAACGUGGUGUAAUUGGAGCGUUCGCUCUUUUCCACGCGAUACGAAAACCGCGAAAAACCGCGGAACAGUAUCGAUCCGCGGCCGCGGCAGCACACAGGGAUGCUCGAGAGGGAACGAGUUCGUGGGUGAAAAAUAAAGGUGAACUGUAGGUGGUAUUAUACACGUACUUAUCGAGGAAUGGAAGCGCACGACCAAUCACGUGUGUAUGAUCAAAGAUGCGUACAAUCAAAGAGUGCAAAAUGAGAGAGAGAGAGAGAGAGGAGACGGAGAGAAGAAAAGAGAAUGAAGAGAGGACGGUAGAAGGGGAGGGGGAGAGAGUGAGAGAGAGAGAAGAAAGGAAUGAAAGAAGGAAGGAAAGAAAUGGGGGAGGAAAAAAAGGCGAGUCGCGUUCGAUCGGUUCGCGGCGUGGAAACUCGCGUGGAAACAAAGAAUCGAAGCUACCACGCACCACCACGCACAAAUGGGAAGAGGGACAAACGCUUUUUGUACGAUUUUACGUCCAUGUUAGUCAAACCGUUUUUCAAAACCGUUUUUUAUAUAUAUAAAUAAGUACAUAAGUAUAAUAUGUAUAACAGGCGCAUGUACAGUAGAAACGACGAAACUUAAUUUAUUAUCAUUGUUUCUUAUUUAACAGGGGAUGCCGUUCUGUCCCCUAUCGGCAAUCUGCAAUUAUAUGUAUAUUCGCUACCGAGUACUUUGUCGCAGUCGAAAAUGUUGUUGCAUUAACGAGGAUGAUGUAAAAUGUAUUGAUUAUUAUUAUUAUUAUUAUUAUUAUUAUUAUUAUUAUUAUUAUUAUUAUUAUUAUUAUUACCAUUAUUAUCAUUAUUAUUAUUAGUUAUUAUUAUUAUUAUUAUUAUUAUUACUGUUGUGCAUCGCGAUCACACACAAAUGGAAAAAAAUGGGAGAGUUUGAUUUCGUCUUUCGUUUUUUUUUUUUCUUUUUUCUUCCUUCCUGAAUUUUCGUUGGCCGGCCCAGUUAUAAUAAUACGCGAAUGAAUGAGGAAUGGAGGAUGAUGAUCACUCAUGAUGAGAUAUCACUCUGGCAAUGACAAAGGCGCGCAACGAACGAACGAACGAAAGAUAGAUCUCUUUCCCUUUUUUUUUAAAAAAAAAAAAAACAAGAAAAAAGACGCGUAUACGAAUCGCGAGAUUAUUAAUUUAUUGUUGCGUUCGAAACAUGGGUGAGAGAGCGGAGGUGUCACGUUCCUCCCCUUCAAUCUCGCUAAUUUUAGCUGCGAUUUAGCGAUAUAGGCAGAACAGAAGACAGUGAAAAAAAGAAAAAAAAAAGUCAUAGGCACUAGAGUACCUCGAAAGAUAACAAGUAGCACUCUUGAAAGUUAGCUUGCACGGACGUUCUCCUUUUCCAUCGCGCCGCCUUGCAAUUAAAACGUGAAAGAGGAGGAGGAGGUGGAGGAGGCGAAGGCGAAGGGUGGGGGUGUGGAUCGGGAGUGAAAUCGGCGGAUGAAUAGGAAAGGGCGGAAGAUCGAUCGUCCGAAGGGACGAAGGCGGAUGAGACGCGAGAGUCGGUGAAUCGUGACGUGAUCGUGUAAAAGGGAGCACGCGAAAAUCGGCCCGAUCGAUGGGGAGAACACCAGCUCGCAGAACAGGGUAAACUAGCUCUAACAUCUAUCUCUUACAUCACUUAAAAAAAAAAAAAAAAUGGAAAAAAAAAAAUGAAAAAAAUAAUUACUGGAAAAAAAAAAAAUCUCUAUCACACUCGUUCACCUUAUGGUAUCACAGGUUCACUCUAAUCACAAAUGUCGGCCAAGGCUAACUCGAAACACUAUCACACCUUCGUACUAAUAAACGAUUUACUAUUCAAUUUCACA